AAAACAACAACAAUAUCUUUGAUUGUUUUGUAAACAAGGCAAUGGUGUAGCUCAUUUGAAUUGUAUGGCGUUUGUGUACAUAUAAUUAGUGAAGUAACAAUUUAAUCAUGUUUGUAGUCAACACUUAAGUGAUAAAGUAAGAAGUAACUUUGGUAAAAUGACCGCCUCUAAAUUGCCAGGAACUGGCUUGGAAGAUGUUGGUGUUCCAGGCCAGAGUUUCUUGCGGGACGCUCUUACCAGUUGUACCGACCCAUUAAAAGCAAUAGAGGAAUUCCAGCUGGAAAAUGGAAUUUUGCUGCCAUCGCUACGUCCAAUAUUACCCUUAUUGGAUUUGCAUGGCAUGAGGAGAUUAGAUUUUCAUCAAUCUGUUUUAGAGGAACUGAGGGACCGCUUGGUACAACAUAUAAAUGAAAUCGGUCAGAAGGAAGGAAAGGAAAGAGACCGCAAACUGAAAGAACUUUUGGCCAAGAGCUUCUCAGUUGUACGAGUAAAGGCUCUUCGGCCUGUGGUUAUGUGUAUUCUUCGCAAUACGCCUCACAUUGAAGACAAAUAUCUGAAAGUUCUGGUAAGAGACCGGGAACUUUAUUCUGACACAGAUACUGAGGUGAAAAGACAGAUUUGGAAAGAUAACCAAUCUCUUUUUGGAGAUGAAGUAUCACCUUUGCUAAGCCAAUACAUAAAGGAAAAGGAAAAUAUCCUCUUUGAUCACUUAAAUUUGACUAACUUAUUUUUUACUCCAUCACCAAAGGUACGCCGUCAGGGGGAGGUUGUGCAGAAACUAGCCCAUAUGAUUGGUUCAAGUGUAAAACUGUAUGAUAUGGUGCUUCAGUUUCUACGAACACUCUUUCUUCGAACGCGUAAUGUUCAUUAUUGCACUUUGAGAGCAGAGUUACUUAUGGCACUCCAUGAUUUGGAAGUACAAGAUAUAAUAUCAGUUGAUCCUUGCCAUAAAUUCACUUGGUGCCUUGAUGCAUGCAUACGAGAAAAAAAUGUUGAUAUAAAGCGUUCAAGGGAGCUUCAGGGAUUUCUAGACAGCAUUAAGAGGGGUCAGGAGCAGGUACUUGGUGACCUCUCAAUGACAUUAUGUGAUCCAUAUGCUAUUAACUUUCUGGCAACCUCAGCAACAAAAAUACUACAGCACUUAAUCAAUAUAGAGGGCUUGCCAAGGGAAAAUACAGUUCUUAUACUGCUUCUGAGGAUGCUGGCUCUGGGCCUCAGUGCUUGGGUGAUGAUAGAUUCACAGGAAUUUAAAGAACCAAAACUGGAUCCACAGAUUGUUACUAAAUUUCUGCCAGCACUUAUGUCUCUUAUGGUGGAUGAUCAAGUACGUGCUCUUAACAGUAAACUUCCACCAGAUGAACGUGAAUCUGCUAUUACCAUUAUUGAACAUUCAGGACCUCCACCAGAUGCGUGUCAGGCUUAUGUCCAAGAGAGCAGUGUGGCGAGUAUCCUGGCAAUGUAUUACACAUUGCAUACAGCUCGACAAAAGGACCGUGUUGGCUUGAUGAGAGUGCUGGGUACACUUGCUAAUUGCAAAAAUGACAGAGCAUUUGAAGAUCCAUUCCUGCAUUCUUUGGUAUCUCUGCUUAUUCAGCUGGGAGAUGAAUUUUCAGCAGAAGACUUUUGCACAGUCAUCUUUGAUGAAUUUUUCUUUGCGGGGUUGUCACGAGAUAAUGUGCCAAAACACCUUUUGAAAUUGUUAUGGUAUAUUUAUCCAAAACUCCCAGCAAACCGGCUCCAGACUCUUGUCAAAGCUUUGCAGCCAACAAGCCAGCACAAUGAAACAGUGCAUCAACUGUAUGAAUCUCUCCAAAAGAAAAUUGGCAGCCAGCAGGAACCACCACCACUUCCUGUGAACAUGGACCCAUUUGAUUCACCAUUGAUGAAUGUUCCUACACCAGCACCAUUAUAGACUGUUAAACCUGCCAAUAGUUAAUGUAAAUACAUACUAUUGUCAGUCUUUUGUUAUUUUUUGUGAUACAAAUAAAGCAUAUAAGUUAA